AAAAUGGCCAAAAAUACUACUGAUGAUCACCGAAAACUCGUGUUUCUGUUUGUGUUGUUUGUUCAGGUGACAACUGUCUUGAGUCAAGCAAAACCGAUCUACAUCAUCGCUCAUAUGGUAAACACCAUUUCAGACAUCAAUAAGUAUCUGGACAAAGGAGCUAAUGGGAUUGAAACAGACGUCACGUUUCUCCAAAACGGAACAGCACGCUGGGCCCGUCAUGGAUUUCCUUGUGAUUGUUUCAGAACCUGUGAUAAAUUCCAGGAUAUCAUAGAGCAUUUACAAUAUAUUCAUGAGAUCACAACCUCAGAAUCUUCAUUAUACAAGAACAAGAUGUUGCUGUUGUUUUUAGACCUAAAAGUAUCUAACCUUCCAGCAGACAAGAAAACUGCAGCAGGAAAUGAUAUUGCCAGAAAACUGAUAGAAAAUAUUUGGCAGAGUGGUAAUGCUGAUCGUUUUUUCUAUGUCGUUCUAUCCAUCAGCCAUACGACUGACAGUGACGUCUUCAAAGGAGUACAAGAAACGAUUGGGAAUGAGAAUGCAGCCCUACUUGCUGAAAAAAUAGGUUGGGAUGUAGGGCUAGGUGACCGUCUGAAUAAUAUCGACACCAUGUAUAAGAAUCUGGGUAUCAAAAACAACCGCUGGCAGGGUGACGGCGUUUCCAACUGUAUCAACCCCCUAAGGGGCACCAUUCGACUACGGUCAGCUGUGAACAACAGGAAGAGGGAAACAGGUUAUGUGGAUAAGGUAUACAGAUGGACAGUGGACCUGAGCACUAGCGUCAGAACUAUGUUAAGCCAUGAUGUGGACGCUAUCAUGACUAAUCAUCCCGAACGAGUCAAAAAUGUGUUGCAGGAAUCGCAAUUUAGAAGGCGUUUUAGAAUGGCUCUGCAAUCAGACAAUCCAUGGGAGAGAACGUCUGCAGAAAAUACUUUUUUAAUCUUUCGAGCACCACCACUAUUUCGCUUCAUGUCAGCAAUGUUUGAAUCAACUUCUUCACUAGUUGAAUUUAUAAUAAACAGCAUACAAGGACGAGCAUUCGGUGGAAUAUUGGACAAUGGCCUAACUUUUGUUCAAGUUUUUAUGGACUUAUUUCAUAAAAACCUUUAA